CAUCCAAUAUUCCAAUCCAUACAUCCUCCGCUCCCGACUCCCAGCCCAAGAAACAAUCUCGGAUCGGAUCAAUUCAAGGACGCCACCACCACCACCACCGGCUCCGUCGACGUGAAGAAGAUGGGGGAUGCCAACAAUGGCACGCUCGGGCGGCACCUGGCGCGCCGCCUCGUCCAGGUGGGCGUCCGCGACGUGUUCGCCGUGCCCGGCGACUUCAACCUGACGCUGCUGGACCACCUCAUCGCCGAGCCCGGGCUGCGCCUCGUCGGCUGCUGCAACGAGCUCAACGCCGGGUACGCCGCCGACGGGUACGCGCGCGCGCGGGGCGUGGGCGCCUGCGCCGUGACCUUCACCGUGGGCGGCCUGAGCGUGCUGAACGCCAUCGCCGGCGCCUACAGCGAGAACCUCCCCGUGAUCUGCAUGGUGGGCGGGCCCAACUCCAACGACUACGGCACCAACCGCAUCCUCCACCACACCAUCGGCCUCCCCGACUUCUCGCAGGAGCUGCGCUGCUUCCAGCCCGUGACCUGCCACCAGGCCGUCGUCAACAACCUCGACGAUGCGCACGAGCAGGUGGACAGGGCCAUCUCCACGGCGCUCAGGGAGAGCAAGCCAGUGUACCUGAGCGUCAGCUGCAACCUGCCGGGGCUGCCGCACCCGACAUUCACGAGAGACCCAGUACCAUACUUCCUGGCGCCCAGGCUGAGCAACCAGCUUGGCCUUGAGGCCGCCCUUGAGGCCACCGUGGCGUUCCUCGACAAGGCCGUCAAGCCGGUGAUGGUGGCCGGACCCAAGCUCCGCGUGGCCAAGGCCGGGGACGCCUUCGUGAAGCUGUCGGAGGCCAGCGGCUACGCGGUGGCGGCCAUGCCGUCGGCCAAGGGCAUGGUGCCCGAGACGCUGCCGCGCUUCCUGGGCACCUACUGGGGCGCCGUCAGCACGGCCUUCUGCGCCGAGAUCGUCGAGUCGGCGGACGCCUACCUCUUCGCCGGGCCCAUCUUCAACGACUACAGCUCGGUGGGCUACUCCUCCCUGCUCAGCAAGGACAAGGCGGUGGUGGUGCAGCCGGACCGCGUCACCGUCGGCAACGGCCCCACCUUCGGCUGCGUCAUGAUGGCGGAGUUCCUGUCGGAGCUGGCCGCCCGCGUGCGCCGCAACACCACCGCCUACGACAACUACCGGAGGAUCUUCGUGCCGGAGGGGCAGCCGCCGCAGUGCGAGCCCGGGGAGCCCCUGCGCGUCAACGUCCUCUUCAAGCACAUCCGGAGGAUGCUCACCGCCGACAGCGCCGUCAUGGCGGAGACGGGGGACUCGUGGUUCAACUGCCAGAAGCUCAGGCUGCCGGACGGCUGCGGGCUUGUGCUCUAUGGCUGCUGCAGGUACGAGUUCCAGAUGCAGUACGGGUCCAUCGGCUGGUCGGUGGGGGCGCUGCUUGGCUACGCGCAGGGCGCCACCGGCAAGCGCGUCAUCGCCUGCAUCGGGGACGGCAGCUUCCAGGUGACCGCUCAGGAUGUGUCGACGAUGCUCCGCUGCGAGCACAAGAGCAUCAUCUUCCUGAUCAACAACGGCGGCUACACGAUCGAGGUGGAGAUCCACGACGGGCCCUACAACGUGAUCAAGAACUGGAACUACACGGGGCUGGUGGACGCCAUCCACAACGGCGAGGGCAAGUGCUGGACGGCCAAGGUGACGUGCGAGGAGGAGCUCACGGCGGCCAUCGACACGGCCACGGGGGAGAAGAAGGACUGCCUCUGCUUCAUCGAGGUGGUGGCGCACAAGGACGACACCAGCAAGGAGCUCCUCGAGUGGGGAUCCAGGGUUUGCUCCGCAAACUCAAGGCCACCAAACCCGCAGUAGAUAGUUAGCUACGCAUAUUGUUAUUACUAUUUGGCAACCAGAUUUAUCCAUUGCUAUCCGCAUUAAUUCCUCUUCUGGAAAAUACUAGUUUGCUUUCAGAAAUAAAGUGCUGUCAUGGGCAGCAGAGGCGCAGUGCCCAGGCUUGAGAGUA